AGGCUUCGACCUACUAAAUCCGUUUAUCCAACGUACAAUGCAGUGUGAAUCGAUGCGGUUUGCAUAUGAAAUAAUUGAGCGGUUGAAGAGCCAAGGGCUGUUUGACCGGAUACGAAAGCAUUGCUUGGAGGACAUCGACUUAGACAGUGACUACAAAUUUCUCCAACAGAGAGUGAAUUCUUUCGUCUCAGCUUUUCUUCAGAAGCAGUCCAAACCUAUAGCAUCCGAAAAACUGAAGCUACGUGAACGUCUGAGACGUGAAUUAUCCAACACGAGCAUGCUUACCACAGGUGUCGAUCGAAUAGUGAAAAAUGCAGUUCGUACGAAGCUUCCGAGAGAUUUUCAAGAUCAGAUCCGUGCUGUGGUUUGUGAAUCCCUUGGUGUGGAUACCAAUGGUGAUUACAGUCGAGACCCUACACCUAAAUCCUUUCCUGCACCUACAAAAGAUUUCGCGAAUCAACCGUCUCCCACGAACUUGCCGUCAACACCUGCGCUCACUCCUUCCUUCCAUCCUAGACAUCCUCCACCCAACCCAGAAUUCAUUGUUCCACGGGGAGCUACCGCCUUAUCUACUUAUGAUAAUCUACAACCAUUGCAAGCAGUUGUUCAGCCACCGUAUACAUUCAACUAUCCAUCUAUCCCGCCAGCUCCACCACCACCACCACCGCCACCCCCUCCUCCACCUCCCGCUCAUCCCACUGUAUCCCAUUUGCAGUGCACAAGAACGUUUGUGCCUCCACAGUACGUCGUGCCUCCACCUGGGGUCUAUAUCCCUACAAUUCCUCCGUUUGUCCCCCAAGGUUUGAUUGCCGGGCCGGUGGCAGUUAGUUCUACGUCCGCUGUUCCUCCAGCAGGCCCGCCUGCCCCUCCCAUUUCGACACCUUUUUCCCAUAAGCUUUCACAGCUCGUAUCCAGUGUAGUGGCAGAAGAGGCCAGUAGCUUAAUUGACCCUCCAAGUACUUUGGAUGAUGCAACCCAAUGUGAUGAUGCCAUGGAGAUUGAGUCUUCCAACUCACUGAGUCCUAUAGCUGAGACUGAGCACCAACCCGAGACCAAUGGGGCGCAGCAUGGACUGGCCAGCCAAUGUGAAAACUCCCAGGAAUGUCAAUCCUAUUCGACCCAGGUGAUCUGGCGUGGUGUUCGGUUGGAACUCGACGAUGUAUCUGAGGAUGAAGUGAACGACUCCAGAGCCAAGUGCCGAUUGUCGCGUGUGUGUGGGUCACGUUCCCCAUUGUCUUCUGGAUCCACCUCUCCAGUGGCCUCACAACUCAAAGAAUUUUUUCUGUUUCGUAGUCGCGACACUGAAAGCAACAGCCGAAUUUUACGUUCCAAUCGCACAUUUCCUUCAGAACGCGGUUCUUCGGAUGAAGAAUACGUCCCUGACUUAAUUUCCGAUUCUAUAAACCAAGAUUUACUCCGUCAUGCUACCUUUCACAACCCGAGCACUCCGUCAACUCGUUCCCCUUCUCCUGGUUCUUUGGUACCCUGGUCAAAAUACGGUUCCUUACAUGCGGAAGACAGAAAGGCAGACAGUCAACAUCGCUAUUCUCCGUCGAAUUCAUCAGUACCAAGUCCGCGUGCUCAGUCGACGACUCGGCGGUAUGGUCGUUUCGACAGUCCCAUCGACUGUGCUCAUUCUCGGAAGCACCCCAGUCGACAUCACCGCAUCAGUCCUGAGGAACAUCAUACCUACCGCUUUGCAAAGCUGUCUUCACGAAUAUCAAACUCUUCGCUGCCUGUGGGAGAGAACAAACCCAGACCUCCAAAGACGAUCACCGCACAAUCGAAAGAGCGUUUCGCCUUCUCCACCAAGGAAACUCGUCCUCUGCAGGUGUAUUCAGACAUUGACUCAUCAGGUUCCUCAUCAUCCUGUGGCCAGAAGUCGCCAACGCCAAAUACCUCAUCGAGUUCGAUUCCCAGCGUUUCUGAGGAUCCUGCUGUCGCCCUGCGUAAACGUGAAAUCAAGGCCAGACUAAAGGAAAUCCGUCAUACCGAGAGACAUCUGAGGGAAGACCCUUCGCUCAUGCAGCGCCAAAAUCUUGCAGCUGAGCGAUCGCUGUCUAGAAACAACCAGCAUCCAUGCGCUACAUUUCGGAGGCCACAAAAGUCGCCCCAUGUCAACUGUGCGCAACGUUCUCCUUCUUCUUCACCGGAUUUCGAAGCGCAAACACAUCUCCGCUCCACUAACCGAACUUUACGCUAUUGAUUUCAUGAAUGAAGCAGGACUUUUGUUGGCCAUCCCUCUUGCUGAACCG